ACAACCACCGAAUCUACCUUUACCAUAUAGUCAUCACACAAAAUCUCGCUCCACCCUUUACCAUCACCUUCAUUUGGGCCGAUCACUAUUGGUACCAAAUUCAAUAAAUUCUUGAACUCCAUUGUCACCAAAAUCGUCAAAUUGUUCACCAUUACAUUUUCAUAGGCAUCCACUUGAACUCCGCCAUGUUGGUACAUCCAAACAUUAAAUCACUAAUUUCAUCUGGAAAACCCCAAGCCCAUAUCUCAACUAAUUUCUUGGAUAUCAACUUGAUCAACCACACCAACUCCAUGUUGUUACAUCUGGGCAUCAAUUUCAUUCUCAAACCACGCCAACUCCAUGAUGAUGCCCCCAAUCAUCAACUUCAUCCUCCAACUCCAAGCCGAUAUCCUAGAUGGAGCUAAUUAAAGAUGAGAAACAGGUUUCAUAUGAUUUGAUAUAUGAUCGAAUACCUCCCUUAUCUUCAAAAUACCCAUGGUUUAUUGCUCAGAACCUUGACGCAAAGGAUGACGACGACCAGAUUUUUUACUCCAUACACAGCCCGUUGUCUACUCAAUACAGGUGUCGAAUCCCUGAACUAAUUGGGAGAGAAAUACAAGCAUGUUACCAUGGCUGGUUGAUUCUUUGUCGUUAUCCAGAUCAGGUCAUGUGGUCUCUUUGGAACCCGAUUACUUGUAGGUUGAUCAGUCUUCCGCCGUUGAAGGCUCAUGAGGAAGGUGAUGUGUAUGAAUGCUGUUUGUCGUCCCCUCCAGAUGAUCCAAGUUCGAUUUUUCUAUUAGCCGUAAUGAAAAAACCCAUCAUCUUUUUUUGUCGGUUAGACUGUAAAAGGAAGAAAUUAAGAUUGAGAUGGACCAGAAUGUCAUACGCUAAACAGCUCAAGAGCAUACACGUUACAGAUGAUUCCUCUGACGACGAUGAAUACCUGUAUUGUUUAACUUGUUGGAAUGACAAAGUAUACGGAUGCACUUUUCCUAAUGAUUCUUUUGUCAUACAGAUUGACAUUGUUGUCAAAGUCAAAGAGGUUGUGAUAAGUCUAGUGCCAAUUGUGAGAACUCCCAGUCCAUUUACAAGAUGCCCACAAUCAUAUGUUUAUAUGUUAGGCUGUUCUACAGAACUGUUUUUCAUUCAUAUAGGUUUUGAAGAUGUAACGGCACAAACUGUUAGUGAAGUGUUUCUGUUUACACUAGAUAUGACUAAUAUGAUGUGGGAGGAAAUUGAAGAUCUCAAAGGUGCUAUCUUGUUUUAUAAUGAGGACUCUGUAACGUAUAGGCCGGAAUUAGGGUCAGACUUUGGUGGUGGUUAUAUACAUUAUCCUAGCGAAAUGGGCCAAGUAAUAAACUCAUACAACGUCAGAAGUAGAACCAUCCUCUUAUCUCAUGUGCCUUUUCUUUUUCAAACAAGGAAAGGGUCACCGUGGACAGUAUUGUUCGAAUGCAGCCCGGAUGAUCAUCAACAAGGAGAGGACAUGAAUGAUGCAACAGCUGUAAGAUCAUCAGUAAGAGAGCCUAAGAUUGGUUUUUAUAGCACGACGGAUGAAAUACAACUACUCGGUAUUCCGUUUGAUCUUCUGGAAAGGAUUAUAAAACUUUGUGUUGGUGUGGACUACAUGAACUUUCGUGCUGCAAGCAGAUGCUGUCGCUUAGCAGCACCUCCAAUACAAUGGAGCCAAAAGGCAGAAGUAAGUAGAUUGCGGACGUAUUCAUUAGUUUCACCAUGGUUGACCGUGUUUGACAAGGAUCAAGGCAUUAUCACUUUUACAGAUUCCAUUUCUAGUGACAAGUACUUUAUAAAAACACCUACGGAAUUGAUUGGCGAUUUUCAAAUAUGUUGUUCGAGAUACGGUUGGUUGCUGAUGCUUAAAGAUGAUGGGCUGAUGGUGCUUUAUAACCCCUUCACAAGAGAUAUUCGCAAGCUUCCAGAAGCACCUUUUGAUUCAGUAGAAGACUAUUGUUUCUCAGCACCGCCUACUUCCCCAAUAUGUACUGUUGUGGGAUUUGAUCAACCAGAUGUAUGGGCAGUAUACCUUGUAAAUUCCGAAGAAGAAUGGUGUUAUUAUAAAGUUGACUUUGGCUGUUAUGAUCAAUGUCCUUUCCAUUUUCUGACGUUGUAUGGCCAGAAUAUGUAUGGCUUGAGUGACGAUGGAGGAAUCCAUGUCAUUAGAAAAUCGGUUGAAGAAUAUUUGGUUUGUUUUAGAGCUGAACCACCAAGAAGUACUUGUAAAAGUACUCAUGUUAUACGCUUCCUAGCCACAUGUGAUCAACAUCUUAUUCAGGUCGUGAUGGACGAGCUUGGAGAAUCCAUUGAGUUGUUCAAUCUGGACGUAUCAAAAAUGGAGUGGAUGAAGAUAGACAAUUUAGGAAAACACAUGAUUUAUGUUUGUGGUACAACAUGUCUUUGUGUUGAAGCGAGAAAGCCAGAAAUGGAAAACAAGGUAUACUUUCCAAGAUUACGUUCCAAGAAGAUUGUGUUCUAUUCACUUGAAACAUGCAGGUAUGACACAUUCAAUAAUGGUGAAAACAACAUUGAAGAAGAAAGUUUUUCAGAUUUCUUCCAAACUGAAUAUCAUACAUAUAGAAGCCCUCAUGCUUGGAUCGAACCACGUUGGUCCUAGCUGAUGUCGAUCACUUUUAGUAUCAUCAUCAAUCGUGUUGUGUUCAAGCCAUGCGCGCCUUGUCAUUUGCCCUCUCAUAGAAUUAGACCUCCGGCCUCAACAAUGAACUUAUAUUUUGCACUUAGUUUGUCUGUUUACUGUUUGGGUUGAUAAUGUAUGCUUAUUUAACUGCUUUUAUAUAUUAACAUUAAGAUUAAGAUUGUAA